ACCGGGAUCCAUGUGUCGGAAGUUUGCGCUCUCACAUGAAAGAAGGAGCUAGCGGAGGGGAUUAAACUGUCACGUUAAUGUUCAUAUUCUCGCACUCACCGUUCAAACGGGAUGAAGUGCAUCCAAAAUCUUCGCUGUUGUACAUGUUCCCUGACACAACGCGUACUAAAGAAGAGCGAUGUCACUGCCAGCAGCUGAAUUUCUGGGCAAAGAAUAACCUCGAGGCAGAAAUAAAGGUGUGACGACGACGGGCAUAUACGGGUUCCACUGCAGGCCAGUGUGCAUGAUCAUUCGUUUGUGCGUGUGUGUGUUUAUGGUCGUGCAUGUUUAUGAGUGAGUGGCAUAGCAGCGGGUGGUUGUAACGUGAUGCCAAGAUGUUGCUGUCCCUGGGAAUGCUGAUGCUGUCGGCCACGCAGAUUUACACCAUCUUCACCGUUCAGCUCUUUGCCUUCCUCAACCUGCUGCCCGUGGAGGCCGACAUCGCUGCUUACUCGUUUGACAACAAAACAGAGAACUUUGAUGACCUGCCUGCUCGGUUUGGCUACCGGCUACCCAGUGAGGGACUGAAGGGCUUCUUGAUUGGUGCACGACCAGAAAAUGCGUGCGAGCCCAUCGAACCCCCUCCGAGGGACAACUUGACGGGCGCCUUCAUCGUCCUCAUCAAACGCUUCGACUGCAACUUUGACGUCAAGGUCCUCAAUGCCCAGAAAGCCGGGUACAAGGCAGCCAUUGUUCACAAUGUGGACUCCGAUGACUUAAUCAGCAUGGGAUCCAAUGAUCUGGAUGUUAUGAAGCAGAUAGAUAUUCCCUCUGUGUUCGUGAGCGAGGAGACUGCAAACUCUCUGAAAGAAGAGUACACGUAUGACAAGGGGGGACACGUGGUCCUCAUGCCAGACUUCAGCCUGCCACUGGAAUACUACCUGAUCCCCUUCCUCAUCAUCGUGGGAAUCUGUCUCAUCCUCAUUGUUGUUUUCAUGAUCACCAAGUUUGUCCAGGAUCGGCACAGGGCUCGGAGGAGCCGCCUGCGCAAAGAUCAGCUCAAGAAACUUCCCAUCCACAAGUACAAAAAAGGGGACAGCUAUGAUGUAUGCGCCAUCUGCUUGGAUGAAUACGAAGAAGGCGACAAACUCAGAGUCCUGCCAUGUUCUCACGCCUACCACAGUAAGUGUGUGGACCCCUGGCUGACCAAAACCAAGAAGACGUGUCCGGUGUGCAAGCAGAAAGUGGUCCCGUCGCAAGGUGACUCCGACUCCGAUUCAGAGGAAGGGGAGAGCGGCCCUGACGAGAACGAGGAGGUGUCGGAGAGCACCCCGCUGCUGCGCUCUCUGGCCUCCACCAGCGCCCACUCCUUCGGCACCAUGUCGGGAGCGUCGCGCUCGGAGCAAGACCAGGAGUCCUCGGACUACGAGGACGACGAGCUGGAUAGCAGCGACAGCGAGGAGGAAGUCACCGUGGAGACCGUGGUGGUGCAGAUGCAGCAGCCCUGCUCUGGAGGCCACGAGCACGAUCUUCCCCGAGCUUAACUGGUGGGUGGCUGUCCCGAUCGACCAUCAAAAACCCUGGUCCUCCCCGACCUCACAGCUGUAGAGACUUUUGUUGGGGAGGGGGGUCAUGAAAUGAUUUCAUCAUCCGAAUUCUUCUCUCACUACUUACAAGACAUUGUAAUAUAUCUACCCCUAAAAAUUCAAAAAUAAAUCUUAAGUUUUAUUUUUAACAUAAUCAUGGAUAAAGUGCAGAUGUCUGAGUGUGUGACAGGAAGUCAGUGAGCAUAUCUUACUGGCCGGUGACGCUGAUGUACAGUAGGUUGUUAUACUGUACUUUCGAGUCAUCGGGAUGUGGGUGGAAACGUCUGGAUACAUAAAAGUACUGUGCAUACAAAAAGUAUAGAUCACAAUAAGUUACCUCUUUACCUUUGAUUAUCUCCUGUACCACGUUUCAGAUGACGGGGAAGUUUCUUUAUUGUACAUACAUGUUCAUGCCACACCGACACACCUUUCAACUGCUAUGCAGCAUCUUUUUUUUGUAAAAUUAUACUAACAUUCUGCAAGCGUAGAAACAUUUAAAACCGCAGCGAUCAUGGUUUUGCCAAUUUAUUUUCCAGCCUGAUGUACGAAUGAGCGGAGACGUUCCCGUCUGUGUUUUGUGCCACGGUUUAUCUGUUACAGCGAUUCACACCGAGAGAAACUGAAGACAAAAACAGUUUGAUUUGAAGCAAAACGAGAAAAAAAAAAAAGUGCUUCUCCGUGUGACAUCGCGUUACGUUGUGCGUUACGACCCUUCAGAGUGCUGCUGCCUGUGGUUAACUUCGUUUGGCUGCUCCAAACCUAUCACUCCAUUUAACACAAGCAGUUAUUUGUUGAUAGGCUUUAUAUUAUAUACGUUUAACUGACCUUCUCUCAAUUUAAUACAGUUCAUAGAAAAUAUUCUUAAGGUUGUUUUUUUUUCCAUAACACUGCUUGAGUUUUGUUCAUGAAACCUGUUGCCUUUUUCGUAUCAUAUAUUUUGUCAUGUUAGUGUUUUUUCCCUGCUCAUGUAUGUGCAUUAUCUGGAUUCACUUCAAUAAAAUGAAAAUGACACUUGA